AUGUCCAACGCGAAAGAUGCAUUCCAUGAACUUGUCCGCAUCUUUUCAUCUAGAAACAACCAAGUCCUCGAGAUCGAGAUCAUUCCACCAGGCCUAGGCGCUACAUUCCUCCAAGAUGGAUGCUCAUUGGGAAUAACCAAGAAAGCACUAGUGCAAGCCUUUACGGUCGCGCGCCAGCUCUUCUUCGACCGAUUAAUGCCCAUGUCCGAAGAUGACCUCCAAACCAUCUUUUCCGCAAACGCACAGUCCAGAAAUGCAGACUCGGCUAUCACAGAAAUAAUGCUUCUCUUCGAUUGCGAGCAUCUCACAGCCUGUAACUGGCGCAAGCGCCGACUGCGGGCAGCCAUGACGCAUUACCUUAUUUCAAACCAGACCUCUGUCGCAACGGAGUUAUUAGAAGCCGAACUGACGCUCAUGUCGAGCUACCAAUGCUCGCCACUCCACCGUCACACCAAGUCGCCGACGCUCUGGCAUCACCGGCUGUGGGUACUUGUCCAUCUGCUUCAAAGACGGCAUUGGAUUCAGGAGGAUCUGCUCAAGCUGCAACGGACGGAAUUGGAUGUUGUUCUCCACGCCGGAGAGCUGCAUCCCAAGAACUACUACGCUUUUAGCUAUCUGCGACAGUUGGAUGUGCUUCUCACUGCCACAGCGGAGAAGACUGGGCAAUCAACGCGGGAAACCCAUACGGCACAGUCAGUUGUCGAACGGGUGGUUGAUUGGUGCUUGGCUAAUCCACGCGAUAUAUCGGGUUGGAGCUUCGGCCUCUACGUACUGGGCAAUGUCCUGGAGCAACAGAGCCGCGUGAACGCUCUUGAGAGGGUGGUUAAGUUUGCGCUUAACGUUGGAUGGGAAGGCGAGAGCCUUUGGACAUUUAUCGACCAAGCAUCGAGGCAGUUUAGGCUUGAAAGUGUGGUUGAGGAUAUCAUGCUGUUGCAAUGGGAUCAAGAAACCAGAUCUCAUGCGUCCCAAAUGGUUCAAGAUGGUCGACCGAAGAAGUCGUGGCAGACCUGGUUGGCCCGGGCGAGAGUAUACUGGGCCGUGGACGGCCAAGGGCAAAAUACAUAA